AUGAUUCAAACGGAGUGGUGGCGGCGAUCCAGAUCUGAAACUUUGAUGAAGACAUAUGAUUUUGGCGGUAUUUGUGGCCGCAAUAUAUUACGCGGUCCUGAGCACAAACCAGGCAUGGCUGCAACAUAUUUUUUUUCUACUAUGGAGAGACUUAGAUUAAUUGUGGACAAUUUGAAGGUAGGAGGCCAUCCAUUUUUCAUUAAAAAUGAAAAAAUUAUGGCAACUGCCGGACAUGACAAUAAGGUUUUUAUUUGGAAGAUUGACACUUUUAAUAAUUAUGUUGCUGAAGAAACACAUUCACUUCUCAUCACAGAUGUUAGGUUUAGACCAGGUUCAACUAAAUUUGUGACAUCUUUCUUUGAUAUAUCGGUGCUUAAUAUGGUUGUGGUUGACAUGUUUCAAGGUCAUCCUAUUGAUGAAAAGAAGCUAGAAGAAGAUGUUGCCGACACUUUACCUCAUGUAUUUGGUGGGGUUCUGCUUGGUUGUUUAGUAGUAUGCUUUUUCUGUCAAGGUUGUGUUUUGGUAGGUUAG